AUGACUGCCUUUUCAAAUUGGAAUUCAAGUUCAACUCGUUCGAAAGGGGUUUUCACCCCCACAAAAUGCGCCGAGAUUUCGCGGGCCCACCAGCUGUUUGCCGAAAUGCGCCCCUGGAUCGCGGUCACGUGGAACGCCGUGAUUUCUUGGUACCUGAAGGCCCUUGAAUCGUCCACUGUUUUUUCCCUGAUUGUUGAGAUACCGAGAGAGGAUAUUCCCAUGAAAGCUAUUCGGGCUGUCAGUGCGCAGCUGGAAGACAAUAGGCUUGGGGCUCAAGCGCACGGGCUGAGCUUGAAAUGGGGCCUCGAGUUGAAUGUUGUGGUGGGCAGAAGUGCGAUCGACAUGGAGGGGAAAUUCAUUCCGCUGUUUAUGUGUCAGACCACUUUACUCGUAGUGUACUUGGAUUGUGGCUGUAGCCUGGCCAAGCUUCAUAGAAUUUGCUCGGCUGUCACCAAAUGGGAUCAAAUCACGUGGAAUUUGAGCAUCGCUGGAUUUUCUAACCUGGCUGCUGCUGAGGUGGCGCUUGCGUGUUUUUCUCCAGCUAGGAGAGUGUUUGACUCGGAAUUUUGCUAUUUGGUACUUAUAUACAUGCAAAUUGGUUGCUCCUUGCCUUUUGUUUGGUAA